AAUUAAAGAUACCGAGUGGCGGUAAGAUCUCUCACACAACAUCAAUUGAUUAGCCCAAUUUAGCUGCGGGCAACGGGAGCAAGAAGCGGACGUCCGCAUUACGCUUAACCGCAGUACAAGUCUCAAAUAACAUUGUUCCAAUCUUCACCUCCGCACUGAACUUGCUUCUUGACACGCUCAUCCGGCUCUUAGGGGCUUUAAACCCGCAUUCUCCCUCUCGGUUUUGACUUUCUUUUGUGGACCAUCAAAGCAGCGCGAGUCUCCAUCAUUUCGCUAUCGUUACAUCUGUAUGGUUCACCGUAUUUGUCGGUGUCUUCAGCUCCUGCUUCCUUCGUCUAACAAUUUGCCCGAUUGAUGUCUUGACCCCGGCUCCCUGUCAAUUUUUUUUGUGGGCUCGACUAGGAGGGAUAUCGAGAUAGCUGUAGCAAAUCAUUAUGGCUGACCCUCGAGCGAAGCCGGCUGAAACGGCUGGACCAGUCACAGCUGCUAACCCAAACGACAAUAAAUUCCGUGACACUAAACCUCGCCUUUUGUUGAUGGGACUUAGGCGAAGCGGCAAGUCUUCAAUAUCAAAUGUUGUCUUUAACAAAAUGCCACCGAAUGAGACAUUGUUCCUAGAGUCUACUACUCGCAUUCAGAUAGAUUCGAUACAUUCUUUUAUGGAUUUUCAAGUGUGGGAUUUUCCGGGGCAGCUGGAGCAUCUCGACCCUUCAAUUGUUGAUUUGGAAGAGGUCUUUGGCUCCUUGGGUGCGGUAGUAUGGGUGAUCGAUGCCCAAGAUGACUAUGUGGAAUCCGUGGUGCGCCUUAACCGUACCAUUCUAAUGAUUAUGCACAACUUUCCAAACAUCAACAUCGAAGUUUUCAUUCACAAAGUUGACGCACUGGCCGAUGAAUACCGGACAGAAGUCUUCCAGGACAUUGUGCAGCGCAUUUCAGACGACCUUAGUGAUAAUGGCUACGAAAAUGCGCCAGUUCAUUACUACCUUACGUCAAUCUAUGACUAUUCUGUUUUUGAGGCCUUCAGCAAAGUGAUCCAGAAACUGAUACCGCGGCUGUCGACCCUUGAGAACUUGAUCAACAUCCUUGCCAGCAAUUGCGGAUUCGACAAGUGCUAUCUCUUUGACGUACUCAGCAAGAUAUACAUUGCGUCCGAUACUCGUCCAGUCGAUAUGUCCUGUUAUGAGAUGUGUUCUGAUUAUAUCGACGUGAUUGUUGAUAUUUCCGAGCUCUACUCGUGGGAGCACCCGAACCGCAAGCCCAAGGGCGACCAGAUGCGCGAGGCUGAGUCUCAUGUCGUGCUGCAGAAUGAUUGCAUGAUCCAUUUGAUGGAAAUGAACAAAUACCUCUGUCUUGUUUCUGUCAUCCACAACCCUGACGCCAACGAGAAGAAGGGACUCAUUGAUAUGAACUGCCGUGUUUUUCAAGACGCGCUGAACGAGAUCUUCUCUCGUCCGUGGGAUCGGCCAGCUGAAGAGCAGCCUGCAGUCGAGGAAGCCCAUGAAGCGAUCGCCGAGUAAUUCCCGAGCUUGGCAGUGAGGUUUUUAAUGAUCUACGGUAUGCAAGUAUGGAUGUACAAGUAGUAAUGACCCGAUAUACCUCAGCCAAUUAAAAAAUCAUCUUUCUUCAACAUAGAAAUAAUUGCAAUUCCAUUACAACAUCGCUACAGUCACGAUUCCUG